AUGGACAGGAUGCCUCUGCUACCCACUGCAAAGGCAGAAAAAUUGAGGAUUGUACCUCUAAGAUUGGAAAAUCCCAGGCGAUGGCAAAGAGUGGUGGGAACAGGUGUUACUUUAUUGAGCUUCACAUGUCAGGCGGCUCAUGGGUUCACCGUGCCCACUGCAGCCAAUAGCAGGAGCAGGAGACCUGAACCAGGCCGAACUCAUCCAUCCAGCAGUCAACGUUUGCACAUGAUGAUCCAACCGGAUCUUCAUUCCCUCUCGGAAGUUGUUCAUCACGGGAUGACUUCUUCCUCUCAUAUCCUGUCGGAAUCACAGCAGUUGUUGGCAGCAGCACCUCAAAAAAUACUGAGCUUGCCCUUUGAAGACAUGGGAAAGGAUCUUUUUGAUUCACUCAAUGUUGGAAAAGCCAUUGGGCGCAAUGUGGGAACUAUACCCGACAAGACCAUUAGCAUUGUCCUCGACAGUUUGGGCAGAGAUAUCUUGGUGUUUUUGACGGCGUCCGUCGUGGUGACACUCCUUUCCAAAGCAUGGAACAUUACACCCAUUUUGGGAUACUUGGCGGCUGGCGCCCUGUUGGGACCCCACGCUCUGGACAUUUUUGCCAAUACCAAGGCCGAUGUCGAAUUGGGAGACUUCGGAAUUCUGUUCUUGCUCUUUAGCGAAGGAUUGGAAGUGUCCAGCGCACGGCUGACACAAUUGACUCGAUAUUUACCCUUGGGAUUUGCGCAAAUAUCGCUCUGUACCGGUGUCAUUACGGCGGCCAUUCUAGGUGGCUUUCCAGAACUACUCAGAGAACUGAGUAUCCCCAUUCAGGCUACAUUUAUUCAGGAAAUCAACCCUGUCGAAGCAGUGAUUGUCGCCAUUGCUGGAACGCUCUCCACGUCGGCAUUUGUCUUUCCCGUUUUGAAAGAACGAGGAUGGGAAGAAGAACCGUCGGGAGAAGCGGCAACGUCGGUACUGUUACUACAGGAUCUCAUGGUGGCCCCUCUAUUGGUUUUGCUACCCUAUCUCGUGGGACAAGAUGCCACGGAUUUCACGGCCAUUGGGUUCCUCACUGCCAAGGCAGUCUUGGGAUUCGGGGCGACACUCUACGUUGGUCGCUACGUUAUUGCCAAACUCUUUGAUUGGGUUUCCAAAGCCAACUCGGCAGAAACCUUUGUCGCACUGUGUCUGCUCGUGAGUGCUGGAAUGGGAACUAUUGCAAAAUCAUUGGGUUUAACCGACACAGCCGGAGCCUUUGCGGCGGGAGUUUUGCUGGCAAAUACAGGUUUUCGAGCACAAAUUCAAGCCGACAUUCUACCCUUCAAGGGAAUCCUCUUGGGAGUAUUCUUCAUGGAUGCGGGAUCUACAUUCGACAUAGAGUUGGCAUUGGCCGCAUGGCCCACCAUCCUUGCAGGUGUUGUGACUUUGAUUAGUCUCAAGGCUGCCACAAUGGCAUUGGCGACUCGUGUACCCGAAUGGAUGGAACCCAAUCGAUUGCCACGUGCCGAAGGUAUCAAGUUGUCCAUCUUACUGGCCGGUGGCGGAGAAUUUGCCUUUGUCGUAUUGGCUCUCGCAGAGAGACUCGGUGUAAUCUCGCCCGAUCUGUCGGGAGUCUUGACAGCUAUUAUUUUGAUCACCAUGGGGCUCACACCCUUGCUGGGUGACUUUGCUGCCACUGCAGCAGAACGAAUAUUAUUGGAGGACGCAAACGAAAAUGAAGAUUGUGAAUGCCGUCCAUGGACUGAGACGGGUGUGGUACCCAGUCAACCAAUCGUAGUCUGUGGGUAUGGCGAUGUGGGUCACGCAGUGUUGCACAGUCUGGCAGAAGCCAAUGAUGUUCUGAUGCUUGCAUCCAGUGGAAAUGCUGAGGUAGCAAACGGAGAAGACAACACGUUGCCAACCUGCGAAACCCCCUUCAUUGUGGCAUUUGACAAUGACCCCAAACUGCUUGAAAAGAGCGUCCUGGUGGAAGAUGACACUGCAGUGCUCAUGUUUGGUGAUGGUUCGAACCCGGCCGUCAUCGAGGCGAGUGGGAUUGAACAACCACAAGCCAUCUUUGUUUGCUACGAUGAACACAACAAUAAUCUGGCGGCCACAUCACGCCUCAGCAGAGGGUUUCCUUCCGCGCCGAUCUAUGUUCGAGCACAAACAAGGAAAGAAGCAGAAUCGCUCAAGUUAGCGGGGGCAACGGAAGCUGUCGUAGAGUCGGAUGAAUUGGCACGUUCUGCGGUGGCGCUGAUGCGUACAUCCUACAUCACCAAUGUCCCUGUAUUUGAUAAGAGCUUGGGUCUGAAGAAGCAGCUCCGAAGGUUGGCGGCAGCAGAAGCAGGAAUAUCUGUCGAUGACGUUGAUUGCUUGCUCGAAACCUAUGAGAGCUUGGACCAAGAUGGGAACGGGGUGCAGGUGGAUGAGGUCGUGGCGUUUCUUCGACGCACAAAUACUGGUCUCCGCAAUGAUGAAGACACAAAACGAGUUGAAGCUUGGUUUGACGCAUCCGGGCUCUCUGGGUCAAUCAGCUCCCUGGAGUUUUUCCAGCUGUAUGGGCGAGCACCCGAUUACGUUCAGCAAGCAUUUGCAUGCGGAAAGGUUCAACAGAAGGUGCAAUGA